GUCCUCCGUCCAAACUGCGCUGCCUCGGCUACGUUAGCGGCCGCGGAUCCCGCCUCAAGGGCGCGCCCGGACCCGCGGGGGAGCGCGGGCGGCCGCCGCGGCCUGGAAGCUGGCACGGCCCCGGGCGCCCGGGACAGCGACUGCAGCGAGCAGGAAAGGAGGCAGCCUGAGCCCGCGCCCCAGGCCGCGGCGUCCUGAAGACGGAGCAGCGACGGCUCUGGCGGGACCCGAAGGCCCGGUUUCCCACACCCCAGCCUAGACCCCCUGCCUGGCAUCUCCCACCCCUAGGCGCUCCUGACCUCCAGGCCCCGGGGCGGAUUCGGCCCCUUCACCACCAUCUCCGGGAAGAACCAAACCUUUAAUUUGGGGUUUUCUUGAGUAAACAAGUCUUUUGCUCGAUGAUGGAUUCCAUGCGUAUAUAUUUUUGAAGGAUUUGAGAAGCAGCAUUUGGUUUUUUAUCUUCAUUUUUGUGACAGUCCCUCCCUCACCUGUACAUUUUUUUUUUUGUGAUUAUUAUUUUUCUUUCCGCUCAUUGCACCUUGACCCGCGAGUGAGAGGACUCAGAAGCCAAGAGCUCGCUCGCAGGGAGGAUGUACCAGAGCCUGGCCAUGGCCGCCAACCACGCGCCCCCUCCUGGGGCGUACGAGGCGGGCGGCCCCGGAGCCUUCAUGCACGGUGCGGGCGCCGCGUCCUCGCCGGUCUAUGUGCCCACGCCGCGGGUGCCCUCCUCGGUGCUGGGCCUGUCCUACCUCCAGGGCGGAGGCGGAGGCGCCGCGUCCGGAGCCACCUCCGGCGGCAGCACGGGCGCGGCCCCGUCGGGUGCUGGGCCCGGGACCCAACAGGGCAGCCCCGUCUGGAGCCAGGAGGGAGCGGCCUAUACCCCGCCGCCCGUGUCGCCGCGCUUCUCCUUCCCGGGCACCACCGGGUCCCUGGCAGCUGCCGCCGCCGCCGCCGCGGCCCGGGAGGCCGCCGCCUACAGCACGGGCGGCGGGGCAGCGGGCGCAGGCCUGGCUGGGCGCGAGCAGUACGGGCGCGCCGGCUUCGCAGGCUCCUACUCCAGCCCGUACCCCGCCUACAUGGCCGACGUGGGGGCGUCUUGGGCCGCAGCCGCCGCCGCCUCCGCGGGUCCCUUCGACAGCCCGGUCCUGCACAGCCUGCCCGGACGCGCGAACCCCGCCGCUCGACACCCCAAUCUCGUAGAUAUGUUUGAUGACUUCUCGGAAGGCAGAGAGUGUGUCAACUGUGGGGCCAUGUCUACCCCACUCUGGAGGCGGGAUGGGACAGGGCACUACCUAUGCAACGCCUGUGGCCUUUACCACAAGAUGAACGGUAUCAACCGGCCCCUCAUCAAGCCCCAGCGCCGGCUGUCCGCUUCCCGCAGAGUGGGCCUCUCCUGUGCCAACUGCCAGACCACCACCACCACGCUGUGGCGCCGCAACGCGGAGGGCGAGCCCGUGUGCAACGCCUGCGGCCUGUACAUGAAGCUCCACGGCGUUCCCAGGCCUCUUGCAAUGCGGAAAGAGGGGAUUCAAACCAGAAAACGGAAGCCCAAGAACCUGAAUAAAGCUAAGACACCAGCAGGUCCCUCGGGCAGCGAGAGCCUCCCUCCCACCAGCAGCGUUUCCAGCAACUCCAGCACCGCGACCACCAGCAGCAGCGAAGAGAUGCGCCCCAUCAAGACAGAGCCCGGGCUGGGGUCCCACUACGGCCACAGCAGCUCCAUGUCCCAGACGUUCUCGGUCAGCGCCAUGUCUGGCCACGGGUCCUCCAUCCACCCGGUCCUCUCGUCCCUGAAGCUCUCUCCACAAGGCUACGCAGCUUCUGUCAGCCAGUCACCGCAGGCCAGCUCCAAGCAGGACCCUUGGAACAGCCUGGCCUUGGCCGACAGUCACGGGGACAUAAUCACGGCAUAAUGUCACCUCCCUCCC